CGGUCUGUGGUCCUGCUCAGUUUUGAGUAAGAAGGUGAUGUAUGAGGACUUCUGUUCAUUCAAAUAGGACACAUUGGACACUUUGAAUGUCUUUCUUUGCUUUGGUCUGACUUGAACAAAAAUGUCAGGGGACUCUCUGGUAGCUGACUCCUUUGUGGCAGCAGACUAUGUGGUGUUUGCUCUCAUGCUGGUGGUGUCGGCUGCAGUUGGGGUCUACUACGCCUGGGCUGACAGGGGACACAGAAGCUCGGGGGACUUCCUAAUGGGAGGGCGAAAACUGACAGCCGUGCCCGUCUCCCUGUCGCUGACCGCCAGUUUCAUGUCAGCCAUCACAGUGCUGUCCAACCCAGCUGAGGUGUAUCGUUACGGAGCCAGCAUUGGAUUUUAUGGUCUCUCCUAUGUAAUGACGAUGGUGAUCACAUCUGAGGUCUUUCUCCCAGUCUUUUACAGACUGGCUAUCACCAGCACGUAUGAGUAUCUGGAGCUGCGUUUCAACAGGGCAACACGUCUGCUGGGAACUGUGCUCUUCGUUGUUCAGACGAUCCUCUACACUGGAAUUGUUAUUUAUGCCCCAGCUUUGGCUUUAAACCAAGUAACUGGUAUGAAUCUGUGGGGUGCAGUCAUUUCCACGGGCGUGGUCUGUACCUUUUACUGCACAAUGGGUGGUCUGAAGGCGGUGGUGUGGACUGACGUGUUUCAGCUUGGUGUCAUGCUUGCGGGCUUCCUGUCUGUCAUCAUCAGGUGUGUGGGCUUGCAAGGUGGAGUCUUCCCCAUCCUUUCAGAUUCGCAACGGGGAGGGAGACUCAACAUUUGGGACUUUGACACAAGCCCUCUGAAGAGACACACUUUUUGGACCGUAACCUUAGGAGGGACGUUUGUCUGGGCCAGUAUCUAUGGGAUCAACCAAGCCCAGGUUCAGAGAUACAUCUCCUGCAAGAGCAUCAUUCAUGCCAAACUAUCUCUGUACAUCAACCUGUUAGGUCUUUGGUCCAUCUUGCUGUGCUCAGUGUUUGCAGGAAUGUGUCUCUACUCAGUCUAUAAGAACUGUGACCCAUGGACCGCUGGUCUGGUUUCUGCUCCUGAUCAGCUGAUGCCAUAUUUGGUGAUGGACAUCUUGGGAGAAUAUCCUGGCCUUCCUGGACUGUUUGUUGCAGCUGCCUAUAGUGGAUCUCUAAGCACAGUGUCUUCCAGCAUCAAUGCAUUGGCUGCUGUGACAGUGGAAGAUCUGAUCAAACCACACACCAACAUGUCUGAGAAACACUUGUCCUGGACGUCCAAAGGACUGACUCUCGUAUAUGGAGUUUUAUGUAUUGGAAUGGCUGGACUGGCUUCACUCAUGGGAGGGAUCUUGCAGGCAGCCAUCAGUAUAUUUGGGGUCAUUGGAGGUCCUUUACUUGGCCUGUUUCUAAUGGGUAUUCUCUGUCCUUUUGCCAACUCCAAAGGAGCUUUGUCUGGCCUUGUGUCAGGGUUGGUGGUAUCUCUGUGGGUGGGUAUCGGAGCCCAGAUAUACCCACCGCCUCCCGCAUUGACCCGACCUCUGUCACUGACCACUGAGGGCUGUAACUUCACCGCCGCAGAUGGCCUCAACUGGACCGCCACUGUCCCGCCAACGCAGAUAACCCCCUUCUCCACAGCCACAGAACUCAGCAUUGAUGGCAAGCCUCUGCUCGUGGAUAACUGGUACUCUCUGUCCUACCUUUACUUCAGUCCUAUUGGAACCAUAACAGCUAUCAGUGUGGGACUAUUAGUCAGUCUGUUUACAGGAGGCUGGAAGCUGAAGGUACAAUCAGGUCUUACAUUAAAGAAAGAAGACACAACUCUUUAUCACCUAGUCAAGUUUUUCAAAGACAGAGUCAUGAGACGAACAGGAAAGCUUGACCUGACAAAGGACAGAGAGAAGAAGUUCGGCAGCACUAAUCCUGCUUUCCGUGACGUUGAGCUGGACUUAUCAAAAAGUGGCGUUCCCACGUGAAAUGUAACUGAUGUCUAUUGUAUAAUUUCUGGGCUAUGUGUUAAUAGUUAUCACUAAUAAAUGAGUUUGAAAAUGAAUUUGUGCAACAUUUUAGUCAGGCACUGACUAUAAAAGUCCCAGGUUCAAAUCCAUCUUCCAACUGGGGCCUUCCUGUGCGAAUGUUGACCGUGUGUCUCCUCCCACAGUCCAGUGCAGCUCCAGUUCAUUUAAACAGUCGAACGCGAGUGUGAAUGUUUGUGUGUCGUCAUGCAUCAGCUCUGUGAUAAGCUGACACCUCGUCCACCCUUCACUGUACAUUUUAAACAUACUUAAUGGAUGGUUAGAUAGAUUUAUUCUGUUCUGCAUCACAUAAUAAGCCAUUCAAGAUAUCUGAACCUGUGUUUACUGUUUAUGUUUGUUUGUUUUUGUGACUGGUCAGUCACAGGCCAUGUGGAUUUCUGUGAAUCACCCUAUGAAAACAUUUACUCUCCUGAUCAAACAUUCUUUUUAAAACUGAAACCCUGCACACUUGUCAAACAGCCUGCUCUGAGAAAUAAAUCAUUAUAAUAUAGCCAGAGAAAA